AAAGUCUGAUGUGGGUUGUUAGAGAUGUGAGUUGGAGGUCAGAAGAUGAGGCAUAGGAAAAAAGAAUUUGGGAGUUGGUUACACAGAGAUCCUACUAUGGCUCACAAUUUUAAUUUGAAUUUUCCUUUCCCUUGAAUAUAACUAGGAUCCACUGAUUACCUUUCUGCAAUAACACCCAAAUCUGCUUUCUCUUUUCUACACCCACUGCUAUAUAAGUCAAUGUAGAUCUUCAUUACCACCUACACACACUGUGGCAUUUGUAUCCUUAAGAGUCUUCAUGAUACUAGCUUUGUGAUAUUUAGUCACUUUUAAAAAAUUAAAGGAUAUAAAAUGGCAAUCUUCAAAAGGAGAAACAAAUACCAAAGUCAUGAAUCCAAACUCUUUAUUAAAUGAAUCCAAAUUAUACUAUCUUACACUUAGUAAAUUGACAAAACUCAAGUGUUGGGAGAUCUGUAGAAAAACAGGCAUCAUACUACAUUUUUGAUUAAAUUUUGAAUUGAUACAAUUGAAAGCAAUGUGAAUUUGAAUUUGAAGUCAUUCAUGCCCUUUGACCCAUUGAUCUUAUUACUGGAACUAUAUCCCAAGGAUAUUUAGUAUUCCAUCAAGCUACCCCAGUUUGCACUUGUAAAUUCCAUCUCCUUAGGGGACAAAUCCUCCAGGUUCAAGGUUUUCCAUGAGUCCACACUCCUAAAAUUAUAACUCACAAUCCCAUCCUCCACUCCCAUUGAAAUGUUUAUCUUACUUUGAGUCAUUCAGAGGACACAAUUAGUUCAAAGCACAAAUAUUUAUUGACUGGUCAAAACUAUAGCAAUAACAAAACAUAACCCUCAUAAAUAAAUGAGCAGGGCACAUGCCUACAAAAACACACAGUUUAAGAUGGAAGAGUAGACAAACAGAAUUCAAAGUGGAGAGACACACAAAGAGAACACAUUUAACCAAGGAAAUGUUCAACCUUGUUAGACCUAGGUUUAUUGGGUAAAUGGUUCCACUGUACUUCUUGAGCCUGGUCCUGGUCCUGGGUUAAGUGCUUGGCUCUGAUAACUUACCACAGUCUCUACUGGAUUCAGCUUUGGGUUCAACUGCCAUCUUGGCAUAGGAUACUUUCUCAAAUGGCAUUGGAAUUCAUAAACCUAUCAGGAGCCUAGGCUGAGGCCUGGCAUCUUCUGAGCAAGAUCUCCAUUCCAGACAACCCAUUCUUGGUUCUUUGUUACCAAAAAUCUGCUCCCUGCUAGACCCAAGGUCUCCUUAUCGCCUUGCCUGCUGUAAUCCUUACCACUCUUCACCCCCUCCAAUACAGAAAAGGCUUAGGGUAAAAUGUCAAGAUUAUCUGCAACAACUGAGUUGCUCCUCCAUUGUUUGUUUUUUCUUACCUUCUUUUCCUAUAAAUUAACUGUUACAUUCACCUUAAAGGAUGCUAAGGAUAUGGCUGAUUCUCAGGCAGCCAAAUAUCAUGUCUUUUAGCUAUCUUCAGCCAGUGGCCCACACUUUAUAACUCCAUUAAGUUAACUAAGGGGUUUCUUCACAUUUCAUUCAGAAAAUUUCUUAUUUUGAUCAAAGACUGACCCACUCUCUUUAAAAAUGUAUUAUGUGGUGAUGAAGGGGAAGAGAUGCAGGGCAAAGAAUGAGAAGAGUCCUAUUUGUAUUUUUAAAAUUAGCAUUUUUAAUAUCAAACUGAAAAAUAGGUGGCCAAUGAUGGUGGAAUGGUUCAAGCUGACACCCAAAGUUAAUGGAAUAUUACCGUGGCAUAAGAAAUGAAAAAUGUAUAAUGAAAGACAUUAGGAAGUCAUGCAGAUAAGAGUAAAAUCAAAAUAUUUAAAUAGUGCUUUGGGAUUUGCAGAUAACUUCAUAUAGUGAACCUGUUGUAGUAGAAAGUGCUGGAAUUUUAAGUUGGAAGAGAUCUGGGCUUCAGAUUCAGUCUCAGACAGUUCCUAGCUAUAGAAAGACCCUUAAACCUCUCUCAAGCAUUUUUUCUUAUCUAUGAAAUGGGGAUAAUACUUAUAUUACCUACCUGAACUCUAAAAAAAUAACAGUUCACAUUUAUAUAGCACUCUAACCUUGAAUCUCUUGCCCCACUGUCCUACUGCUGUCCAUAUCCUGGGUUACCUUGGUUUUCCCUGCUCAGACUAUUUUUCUCAGUGGAAGAAGCCACAGAAUCUAUUGAGUGGGUGCACAAUCUAGACAUUAUCUUAAUCUCAUUAAUCUUAUCCUCCCAGGUGCAUAGUAAUCCUUUAAUUCUUCCAAAUCAUAACAUUACUCAUAGCUGUUAUGUAUCUUGUCUUUUCUUAUAUCUGGCACUUCUUUCAGCCUCUUUCUCAGGAGAGGUUCUUACUCCUAACUUUACUAAAAAAUCAGAAAUACCAAUAUAAGUACCCCUUUCUCUUAAUUCAGCGCCUCAGAUCCCUCAAUAUUCUUUUUUUCCCUUUGCUACUUGUCCUUUUUGCUUGCCAAUAGCAAACCCUUUAGUUGUACGUAGAUCCCACUAUGUGAAUUUUGCUCUUUCAAUUAUUACCUCCCUCCCUUUAAUCUUCAAUCUUUCCAGUAUUCUAUUUUUGCAUAGAAUAUGAAUAUGCAUUUUACAUAUUCGGUUCAUUCUUUUCAAUUCCUGAAAAGAAAUGAAUAGAAUAUGUAAACCAGCAUUUAAUACUGGUACUUUUCUGGCUGUUGAGAAAUAUGCCCAGAUCUCCCAGUUUUUAAAAAAAUCAAUUUAUUAAAAUCAAAUAUAUUUUAUUUAUAUCUUUUAUCUUUACAUCAGUCAUUUCAAUUCUCCCCCCCUCCAAACUAAACUCUUUCUUGUAAUACAAAACAAUUAAGCAAAAACAUCCAUUAUAUUGCAUGUAUGCAAUAUUCUAACCUUACUAGGUUAGUCCCCUUCCUCUCUGCUAUAAGAUAGGGAAAUAUAUUUCAUUACCUCAUCUCUAACACAUUCCUUCCUUUUUCAAUUAUGUUGUUUUAUUUUCUUUUAAUAUCCCCCCAUAACUCCAUUUACUUUGUUUCAGUUUCUCUUUUUCUAUUUUUUUUAGUUGAUUCUGCUUAGUUUGUUCUGGAUCAAGUCAUACAAAUGAUUCCAUGUUUCUCUGAAUUCUUUAAAAAGAAAAAUCACUAUACAAUGGUUACUCAGUUUUCCCUAAAUGUUUUUUUUUUUGCUAUAAAGAAAGGCUGUAAGGAAGGAAUAUUGGGAAAAGUCUGCAAUACUUUUUCUCCCCAAGGGAUAAUUUUUUAAAAAUGUAAUAUGAAACUGCAAACCCUUCAAACUAUGAUCUUUUUUUCUCUCUUUUGGAAUGUACAAAAAACUGCACAUUCAUUGCCUUCAUUUCCUCAUCUCUCACUCAUUUCUCAACUCCUUGCAAUCUGGCUUUUAGACCCAUAUAUAUAUAUGCCUAUUUUCAUCCCCAUCUGGAAAGUCAUUCCAAAAAAUAAAAGAAAAAAAGAUAGUUCAACAUAAUUGACACAUCAAUCAAAUCCAACAUUAUAAAUAGUGAUUCACUUCUAUAGUUCCAUGUCUCUGCAAAGAAAGGAGGUAUAUUUUUACAUGCUUUUGGAGGACCAACCUUGAUCCUCCUAUUUCACAGCAAUCAGUUUCAAUUCCUUUGUUGUUGUUUUUUGCCUUUUACAAAAUUGAAGUCUUUGCAUAUAUUGUUUGCCAGUCUCUUCACUUUGCAUCACCUUAUAUCUUCUUGUUUUCCUGCAUUUUUCUAUUUUUUGUUCUACCCAGGGGUCCUCAAACUUUUUAAAUAGGGGGCCAGUUCACUGUCCCUCAGACUGUUGGAGGGCCGGACUAUACUAAAAACAAAAACUUUGUUUUGUGGGCCUUUAUAUAAAGAAACUUCAUAGCCCUGGGUGAGGGGGAUAAAUGCCCUCAGCUGCCGCAUCUGGCCCACAGGCCCUAGUUUGAGGACCUCUGUUAAAUCUACACAGUAAUAUUCCAUUACAUUUACAUAACACAAUUUGUUAGCCACUCUCCAACUUCCAGUUUUUUUUUUUUUUUUUUUUAAAUCACAGAAACUGUUACUGUAAAUAUUUGGGGGUAUAAGGAACUUUAUAACUGCACUACUUGGGUUUUAUGUGGGUUCUCCGGAUCCAAAAGUAUGGACAUUUUUGUCACUUUCUUAGCAUAAUUCCAAAUUGCUUUCCAGAAUGGUUGGACCAAUUCACAGCUCCAACAGAAGUUUACUAUUUUACCAGUUUUUCAGCAACUCUCUACAACAAUCAAUUACCUCUUGAAAAAGAAGGGAAACUGUUCCCUUUACUGAAGUUGUGUCCCAUUUAAGAAACUAUAUUUCCUUUUGAUCGGUGAUCCCUUUCGGAGUCCCAGCCCCUUCUGGGGAAGGAAUAUCCCCCAGAUAAGUUAUCUUUUCGGGAUGCUAGAGCCUUUGAUUCAAUUUGAAAUCCUGGUCAAAAAGCACCCUUUUGAAGUGUUGUUAAUUCCAAUAGGAGAUCAGGGUUGAAAAUUGAUAAGAAUCUAAACCUGGGAACUUCAGCUCCUGAAGCCUCAAGACUCCUUAAAAAUGGCAGUAGCAAGAGGCCCAAGCAACUUGCUAGGACCUUUUUUGCCUGCUGAGCAUUCUCAGCGUAAAAAUUCAAUUUUCCCAAUAGGUCUUUGCUGCUACAGAAGUCAAUCCCUUAGCAAACUGAUUUCUAUCCAACAAUAACUUUCAUUUUACAAUUAAUAAUUUGGGAAUAAGUGAAUUCUUUCAUUUAUAAAUUUGUGGCUGAUUAAAGGAUAUUUUAACUACUUAUUGCCACUAACCUUAUGACCAUAAGGGAUUGAGGGCAUUCAAACUUCAUCUCUCUUAACUGCAAAAUCUGGAUGGCCUUUUCUGACUUUGUUCUUCUUGACCUAAAUCUGAGUUUUAUAUAUUAUUCAUCACAUUCUCUUCUUUUACACUCCUUCAAUUUUCGACACUACAUUUUCCUGAUUUUUCUACCUCUGUGAUAGGGCAAACAUAAGUGUUUGGAACUUUAUGAAUGUCUAUAAAACUACAUACUACUCACUAUGGCAUUACAAGUCCAUAAUUUGGCUUUAGCUUACCUUUUCUGACUUAUUUCACAUAGCUCCCCUUAACAUACUCAUGUUUAGUCCAACUGGCUUAUGUGUUCUAUAUGUAAUAUUUCAUCUCUUGCCUUGUCUUUCUCCAGUUCAAACUGUUAAGUUAAAAGGUCAGAGAUCAGAACAUUUUAUUUCUCAUUAUUUUAAUUCCCCAUAUUAAACUCCUAUGGCUUCAUAAUGUCUAGGAUAUCAAAAGUGAAUUUCUCUUUUUGCCAUUUAAAGCCCUUAAAAAUAUGACCCAAAACUAUCUCUCUAGGCUUACUAUACAUUACUCUCCCUAAACUCAUUAUUUAAGUUUAGCUAAACUGGCUUUAUUGUUCUUCAUACAAGGCUUUUCAUUUCCUAAUUUUUCCGCCGUGAACUGUUCCCCAUGACUGAAAUGUAUUUCUUUUUCAUUCCAACCUGUCUUUUGCUCCACUUUAUCUCAUAUUCCCAGUACCUAACACAGUGCCUGGAUACAGUUAAGUGCUGACUUUCUCCUUAGCUCCACUUCUUAGAAUCCCAGGUUUCCUGCAAGAUUCAAGUGCUACCUGGAAAGGUCCUUCAUGAUUUCCCAGUGGUUGAUGUUCUCCACCUCCACCUUUUAUUUAAGUAUCUGAGAUAUGUUCUAGGAUGUAAAAUCCUUAAAAGAAGGGACUGUUUAUUAUUUUUGUCACAAUAUUCCUGAGAUUUAGUUUAGUUACUUACAAAUAAUAUUCAUGUUUGUUCAAUGUAAAGCUGUGAACGUUUCUCUCAUAACAACCCUGUAGGAAAUGUACUUUUCCUAUUUCUUUUUGUGUUCCAAUCUGUAAUUUGAGCUGUGGGAAGCUUCAAGUGUGGAAACUUCCUUCACAGAUGUAAAUGGACAAUUUGAGAAAGUGGUAAUCCAAAACCUGGAAUAGAUAUAUUAAGAUUAUACAUGAACCCACCAUCUUGAAUGACUGAAAGCACGGCUUAAAAGGUCGUCCCUACCCUCAAAGGCUUUACAUUCUGCCAGAGGAAUUAAGAGAUCUUGACCUCAAUGUCAAGCUACCUCGCGAGCCCAUCCAAGUCCUGCCCUCGCUGCCACGGGUUCUAAAUGUCUGGGGCGGAAUUCGAAUACAAGGUUGCUGGCUAGACGUUCUGGGCUCCAUUAGCUCGAUCCCGUAGCCCCGAGCCCGCCCCAUUCCCUCUUCCCUCAGCCCCAGGUUCUCUCCAAGUCCUUCUCUUUCUCUCUUCUUCCCUCCCUCAGGGCCCGCACUAACCUCGGCUCCGGGGAUACCGGACCCUUCCAAACCACCCCGAAGGCCGGAAGUACCGCCCUCAGGCUUCCGCUCCCCGGGAGGGCCUGUCCCGAUGCCCGGGGGGACAGCUCCAAGACCAGGAGAGAAUUCUUCCCGUGGUGGCGGAGUCACUUGUGCGGUCAAAUCUUUGGAAACUGGAUGGGAAGGGAGCAGGAACGGGAGCGGGAACAGGCCGAUUUGGCGGUUCCAGAUCGACUAGCUAAGUUGCGGGCGCCCUGAGCUUCUACCCAAACGUGGUAUAGGCCUUCACUCCCCUCUCUCCCCUCCCCCACGCCGGGUACCUGUUUGGUAGGGAGAAGCGCGCCGCGAGUCGCAGGCUAGAGGUGGGAGAGGAUGGAGAGGUGAGGGGGAAGGGUGUGAAAAGAGUAAACCACCGAGGUCGCUGGGCCUCCAAGCAGCCUAGAGUGGUCCUCUCUUGGCUCUCCUUCAACCUGUCUGGAUUGGGUGGAUGCCGGAAGGGGCAGCCCUUCCUAUCCUCUUCCUUGGAUUGUGGGGGCUGCUCGGGAGCUGUGGGUGAGUCGGGCUCAGCCUGUGGGGGGCUCCCUUUUCCCUUUUUUACCCCUGGAGACCUGCAGAUAUUAGGGUGCAAUUGUGUAAUGCCUUUGCUUUGUCAACCCCAGAAACUGAAAAUGUGUUCACUUCUGGGGAAGGAAGUAUUGUUGAGGUUUAGAAGAUCUCAAGAGAUUGGGAUCAUAUACCGCUGUCUGAAAAGAACUUUCUGGCUUGAACCCAUCUCCCAGUCAAGGGGCAAGGUUUAAUGUAAUUGUAAGACCAGUUGAAGCCAGCUGAGUUCCAAAAGGAUUUAGCAAAGAACUAGGAGCAAGAAGAUAAAUUUCUAGAAAAAGACUAGAGAGAUCUGGUUCUUCUUGUCCCUGAUAUAUUAAUUUUGUGGCCCAGAUUUAGAACUGAGGAAUGAUCUAUUCACUAUUGUCUCUGAAACUUGGUUAUCACCGACCAGCAGAUUAUGUGACAGUCAGCAAUGUUUGUAUGACUCUCCUAAACCUGGAAGAUUUUAGAAUCAUUGAUAGACAGAGAGGAUAAUAGCACUCUAAGGUCAGGGAGCUUCAGGAUCACUGCUAUGUUUCCCCUAGAAGCUAUACCUUAUAAUAGGGAAAGAGCUUUAAUAGAACUGUAACCCUGAAAAAGCUCUAAGCUCCUGAAGGGCCUCUAGCAGAACCAGCACCGAUGAGUGGAAGAUGCUAAGAGAGCAGUUUGUAAAAGGGAGAGUAGGCUGCCAGGUCAUGGGUUGAAAGAAAUUCCAGACCCAGGGUGUUCUCAAAGUCUUAGAAUAGUUUUAUGCUGAUAAAAAACACUUUAUGUUAAAGAAAACUCUCAAGGCAGGGAGGAGGGAUGGCAUUAAAUAGCUGUCUUCCAAUUUUGGGGUUCGGACCCUGAAAAUAUAUUGGGAUCUCUGGCCAUUGUAGCAGCUUAGGCCUUCUCCAAAUCAAGAGGCAAAGAUUCUGUUUUGCUGACAUUGAGUUAAUUGCCAAAAUGGGACCUUAUGGGAGAAUCGGGGUAUAAGUAGGUUUUUUAAUAGGAGAAAAAUAAACUGAUUUGACAUCAUAACUUAACCUUGAGGUUGGAUACUUAACUGUGGAGUUGUGAAGAUUUUGAUUAUGCCAGGAAUUCAAGGAGGGUUUAUUGAAAUAAAAAUCCAUUUAAAGAUAACUGAAGGCCUACUUAAAAACAAAAGGUCUAUUUUAGGAGAAAAUCCUGUCUGUACUCCAUCCUGCUUCCUUCUGGGAGUAGCUUGGACAGUAAACUUCAGGCCUUCUGUUGAUGCUUCUCUCCAUGCUCAACUACCCAGGACUUGGGUUUUUAGUCAUCUCCAUCAGUAUUAGAUUUGUUCUCAUGGAAGCAAUAGAAGGAGGUUGCCAAGAGGCCAAUUGGGACUUGAUGUAAUGAAAAACUUCUUAAAAUUAAAACUGUUCAAGCUUUGAAAGUUACAUGUUGAAUUUAUUUUUAUGUAAAUGUGUUUCCUUAUAAUAUAUUGUAUUAUGUAUUAUAAUUAUGUAUCAUGUUACAAGAUAGGCCUGAUAUGUAUGUGGAGAUUCAAAUUUAAUUGAAGAUUCCAACCCAGGAAAUGGUGGGGAGGUGAUAAUUAUGUAAAUGUAGUAAACAUAUAUUUAUAUUGUAUUACAAGAUGUUCCAGAAAUCUUAGUGUAGUUUCAGGCUUCUUGACGACUUGUAUAGUAUAUAUUAUAAUUAUUUUUGACCUUAGAAAUAAAAGCAAGAGCCACAUAAUAGAGAUUCCCAGUUUCUGGAACAAUCUUUUGUUCUACAUAUGUAAAUUGUUCAUUUUACUUGGUGUUUAAAGUAAUUGUUUUUCAAAAGAGGGGAAAAGAGAAAAACAGUAAAUACUUAAUAAAUGCUCAAUGAGUGACUAUAAGUAUGAAUUAAAGAUUUUGUGUUGUCUUUAGAAGAAAGUACAAAUUCUUCAGCUUGCCACAAAGGUUAUUAAAAAACCUCGCAUAAUCUGCCUCCAGCAGAUGUUUUCCCCUUCUUUGUUCCAUAUAAUUCUCCAGAUCAGCUAAAUUGGUUUUCCCUCAUCAUUGCAUUCAAUUAUACUGUGAGCUCUUUGAGAGCAGGAACUGGUUUUUUGCUUUAGAUUGUAAGCUCCUUGAGGGUAGGGACUCAAAAAAAAAGAAAAUUGUAUUUGUAUCCUCAACACUUAACAUAGUACCUGGUACAUAGUAGGUACUUAAUAAAUAUUUGUUAACUUGACUUGUAUUCUAUCUCCUGUUUUCAUGUGCACGAAUUAUUUCCUGUCCUUGUAAUGUAUUCCUUUCUACCCUUGAAUCUUUUCUCUUCCUUCCAUGUUCCAAUUUUUUUUCCCCACACCUCCCUGCUUUCUUCUUUAAAAUUACCUUCUAUUUCUUUUUGUAGGUUUUUUUUUUUUAUGUCCCAGUAAAAUAUUAGUACAUUGAGGUCAGGAAUAAGUUUAUUUUUGUAUUUGCAUUUUGAGCAUCUAGUCCACAGAUAUACAUUCCUACCAUUUCCAAUUGUUUAUGGCAUCUCAAACUGAAUGUGUCAUAAUGUUUUAAAUUCAACAUGUCCAAAACUGAAUUCAUCUUUCCUUCCAAAUCCUCCCUUCUUCCAGACUUUCCCUUAACUUUUAAGGGUACCUUUCAGUCAUCCAGGCUCACAAUUUAGGUCUCAUCCUUAAUUCCUCAUUUUCUCUAAUCUCCUAUUAUACAAUCUGUUCUUUGACCUGUGGAUUUUAUUUUUGUAACAUUUUUUGAAUACUCUCCCUUCUCUACUCUGACAUUACCAUCACCCUGGUAGAGACCCUCAUCAGCUUAACUAUGGUCCAUUGCAAUAGCUUGAUGUUUUGUCUUCCUUCCACAAUUCUUUCCCCACCUUAGUCCAUUCUCCAUUCAGUUUUCAAAGUGAUCUUCCUCAAGAGAAAAGUUGUACCAUUCACUGAAACUAUAAUGGCUCCCUAUCACCUCCAGGAUCAAGUGUAAAAUCCUCCGACAUCCAACAUCUUUCAUAACUUAGCCCUCUUCCAGUUUUCUCAUACCUUACUCUGGACCAGGUACUGUACAUUACUAUUACAAGACAUUCCAUAUCUAUUAAUUAUAGCCUAUUUAAUCCAUCUUAGUGUUAUUUAUAGUCUCUUUGCUUGUUUCCCUUGUUAAAUGGUGAACUUCUUGAGAGCAGGGACUGUCUUGCUGCUUUUUUCUUUUCCCAGCACAGAAUUUGUCACAUAGUAAGCCACAUAAAAAUGUUAAUUGACUUUUCAUUGUGUGAGAAAUUGUUCCAACAAUAAUCAGCAAGCAUUUAGUGCUUACCUUGUGCUGUCUCCCAUAUUGAUGUAGAAGUGAAAAAGCUCUUGCUCUCAAGGAUUUUAAAUUGAAUACAAAGUCAGUUGUUUUGGGUGAGGGAGUGAGAAGUUACUAACUGCUGGGGAGAGAGUUGUAAAGGCCUCUUAUAGGAAGUGGCUCGAGCUAAACUGAAGAAAAACAGGGUUUCUAAGAGAGAGGUGAGAAGGAAAAUUAUUCUAGGCAUGGGAUACAGCUUAUGGGAAGGCAAAGAGAAGUCCAAUUAAUUGGAACCAAAGGGAUUAGGAAUGACACUUACUAAGCCUGGAAAGGCCUCACAAAACCUCCCCAAUCUUUAACAACUUUCCCCCUUCAGACUUUAUGUGGCACUUUAUUAUGGUUGGUUGGUUCUUAUCUUUUAUUUUUGAAGAGGACCAAGUGUCAUUACUGUGUUAGAGUCAAGAUAUAUUGUGUGUCCAGCUGUGGUUGAUCAGACCAAUAUAAAUUUGGAAAGCUCUUUCAAAAGGUCUGGCACAAAUGGUCCAUAUGCACAGUUGGGAUAGAGAUGUCUCUAAUGUGGGCAUCUCAUUUCUUUUGAGAUACUACAAUUCUACUUUGCUCAUAAUAUACUUUUGAUGUGGGUGUGCCACGCUAGGUGGACCUUUGCUAGCAUGUCCUGUGUCAUACCAUCAAUUCUGAGAGAUCUUGAGAAUGUCCUGGUAAGACUUUUGACCUCCGUGUGAGGGCUUGCUUUGAGAGUGCUCCUAAAAUAAUCUUUUAUUCAAGUGUACUUUUAGCAUUCAAACAACAAGGCUAACCCAUCAGAGUUUUGCUUUCAGCAGUAAAAUUUGAGUGCCACAUUUAAUCUUAGCCAAAAGGCCAAGGAGAGAUAGCAAUAGAGUUUGAAUGCUUGGCAAUUUAGCUUGAGAAAGCUGAAAGAUCUUAAAAAAUCUUGAAUGCUUGGCAAUUUAGCUUGAGAAAGCUUAAAGAUAUUAAAAGAUCAUGAGAUUUAGAUCUGGAAGUGCUUCUAAAGGUUAUUUCCUCCCCUUCCCCCCAAAAAAUAGAAAAAAAUGGAUUUCAGUAGAUUGAAAGCAGGGAGUGUUAUAUAUUUAAGGCACUAGUUUUACAUCUCUUCUCCCAAUAGUUUUUAUUCCCUAUGUUCCUAACAUCUGAUUCUCUUCCUUCAGAGCUUUCUUUUCCUCAAGUUUCUAAACAUUUGAAGAGAAUCAGGAGAACUAGUGAUUACAGCUAAACUCUGGCCAUUAAAGUCCAAGGUAGACAUGAUAUUUGAGGAUGUGGCAGUGUACCUUACCCAGGAGGAGUGGAGCUGUAUGGGUCCUGCCCAAAGAGGUCUCUACAGGGAUGUGAUGCUGGAGAAUUAUGGGAAUAUAGUCUCACUAGCAGGAAUUCCAGUAUCCAAACCUGAUGUGAUCUCCUUACUGGAACGAGGGGAAGAACCGUGGGUCUUGGAUAGGCCAGGAGCUAAGGGAAAAGAGAUUUUUAGAGAAAACUGCUCAGUUCAUGAAACCAGCACUGAGAAGUUGCCUCAAAAAUUGGAACCUUCUAUAGAAAGGAAAUUGCAUGGAGUGAUGUCCAAGAAAAUUGUGGGUAAUGUCUUCCAAGGAUUUGACUUUGGAGAAGCCUGGGACUAUGAAAAAGAGUUAGAGAAACAUAGGGGAAAUCUUGCCAUUGAGAUACUGAAGAAAUCCUUUUGCCAAGAGGAUUUCAGACCAAAUAAGAUCUGCAAAAAAACUUCUGUGUGUCAGAGAAACCAAAAAUGUAAUGAAUUUCAGGGAAGCUUCAGCCUGAGCUCAAACCCUGUUAGACACCAGAACAUUUGGACAGGAGAAAGACUUCAAGAAUUUACAUGUGACUUAAUUUUCAAACGGAAUUCAAACCUGAUGAAAUACCAGAGAAUCAAUAUGAGUGAGGAAUCAUGUAAAUCUGACAUAUGUGGGAAAACAUUCAGAGAGAGUUCAGCCUUUAUUGAACGCCAGAAAAUUCACAAUGGAGAGAAACCUUAUGAGUGUGAUAAAUGUGGGAAAACUUUCAGUCAGAGUUCUAACCUUAUUGAUCAUCAAAGAAUUCACACAGGAGAAAAACCUUAUGUCUGUAAGGAAUGUGGGAAAGCUUUCAGGCAGAGCUCUAACCUCAUUAAACACCAGAGAAUUCACACAGGAGAAAAACCCUAUAAAUGUAAUGAAUGUGGGAAAGCCUUUAAUCAAAGCUCUAAUCUUAUUAAGCACCAGAGGAUUCACACAGUAGAAAAACCCUAUGAAUGUAAUGAGUGUGGGAAAACCUUCAGUCAGAGCUCACAUCUAAUUAGUCAUCAGAGAAUUCAUACUGGAGAGAAACCAUAUGAAUGUAGUGAAUGUGUUAGAGCUUUUAGUACCCGAUCAUCAUUUAUACAACAUUGUACAAUUCAUACUGGAGAAAAACCUUAUAAGUGUAAUGAAUGUGGAAAAACCUUCAACCAGAACUCCAACCUUACAAAACAUCAGAGAAUUCACACUGGAGAGAAACCUUAUGAAUGUAAUAAAUGUGGAAAAACCUUUAACCAGAACUCUAAUCUUACUAAACAUCAAAGAAUUCAUACUGGGGAAAAGCCUUACAAAUGUGAUAAAUGUGGGAGAGCUUUCAGUGCUCGUUCAUCUUUUAUGCAGCAUCAUAAAAUUCACAUUGAUGAGAAACCGUACAGUGAAUGUUGAAAAACUUCAGCUAGUACUUUUAAAAAAUCUUAAUAAACAUCAAAUAAUUCAUAAUGGAAAGACACCUUACAAAUGUGAUGAAUGUGAGAAAACCUUCAGGGUAGGCUUAUUCUUUAUUCAGUUUAGAAAGCAGAGUGAAAAAAAAUUUCCAAGGAAAGUAACAAAUGUAAGAAGGCCUUUAAGUGUAAUGAUUGUGGGGAAAGCUUUUAGCCACAAUGGAAAUGUCAUUUGGCAUCAGAAUUGUUAUAUUGGUGACAAACCCUGUGUAUAAAUAUGAUUUUCAAAAAAUUCACAAUGAACAUAAUUCAUAAUGAAAAGAAAACCUAUGGAUAUAAUGAAUAGUGCAGAAGACAUCAGGAAGAGCUCUGAUCUUAGUAAAUAACUGAAAGGUUACUCUAGGGAAAAACUGGCCUCAAGAGAAACCUUUACUCCAUAAGCUUCAUUUAAAAUCAUAAAAGUCAUGCUGGAGAAAAGAACACAUUUCUUGAAUGUAGGGAAAUCUUGAGUAAGAAGUCUAGAGGUUUCAUUUGAGAGAAAUAUGAUAGUGAAGACUUGCUGAUGUAUCGGAAGAACCUGUGAUUUGAUCAGAAUGAAAUUCAUCAUCUAUAUAUGACUUAAUAAUUUGUGAGACAGCAUUGAAUCUAGGUUUUCCUAACUCCAACCCUAAUACUUCAUCCACAUACCAUACUGCUUCUAAUUUGAAAUGAAGAUAAUGACACUUAACAUUUGUAAAGUAAUCUCAUUUGAGGCUCAUAAUAAUUUUAUGGUGUAUUACAAGUAUUACUGUCCUCAUUUUGCAAAUGAGGAAAUAAAUACUCAGAGAAAUAACUUACCUAUGAUUACAUAACAGUAAAAGAAUUUCAAUCAAUGUUUACUUGAUGCCAUAUCUAGCACUUUAUUCAUUGUACUAUAUUGCCUUUCCUAAUAAACAUGAACUAUAUAUGCAUUAUUUAGCAUAACAUCAAAAGCCUCUUUAAAAUUAAAUGAAAAAAGCCUCCUUAAAAAUGAGACACUGCAAUAGUAAGAAAAUAAUUAAUUAAAAGUUUCUGAUAUUCCUCUUUCAGAACUUAAAAUAUUUAAAGAAAGAUAAAGGAAGAUUAUAGAUUUAACUGCUAACAGGACUAGGUUUGAUAAAUCUAUACUGAUUAUAGGAGUAAUAAGGGGUGUACUUAUUUUUCUUUUUAAAAAAACUUAUUUUUUCUAAUUACAUUUAAAAAUAAAUUUUAACACUUUUUUUAAAUUUUGAGUUCCAAAUUCUCACCUCUCUUUCCCCUCCUUUGUCCUUGAGAAGGCAGUUUGAUAUAGAUUAUAUAUGUGUAAAUUGUUCAAAACAUUUCUAUUAUUAGCCAUGUUGCUAAAGACAAAAAGAACAUAAGAAUAGUAAAGUUUAAAAAGGAUACUUAGAUCUGUAUUCAGGCUCCAUCAGUUUUUUUGUUUUGUUUUGUUUUGUUUUUCUGGAGGUAGGUAUCAUUUUUCAUCACUAAGUCCUUUGGAAUUGUUUUAGACCACUUGCUGAGAAUAGCUAAGUUAUUCACAGUUGAUGAAUAUUGCCAUUAUUAUGUACAUUGUUUUCCUGAUUUCUGCUCACUUCACUUUGCACCAGUUCAUAUAAUUCUUCCCAGGUUUUUGUGAAACCAUCUUGCUUAUUUCUUCUAGCACGAUAGUAUUCCAUCAUAAUCAUAUACUGUAACUUGUUUAGUCCUUCCUCAAUUGAUGGGCAUCCUCUCACUUUUUUUUUUAAUUUAAAUUUUGUUUUAAAUUUUAUUAAAGUUUUUAUUGACAAAACAUAUGCAUGGGUAAUUUUUCAAUAUUGACCCUUGCAAAACAUCUGUUCCAAAUUUUUCCUUCCUUCCUCCCACCCCCUUCCCUAGAUGGCAACUAGUCCAAUACAUAUUAAAUGUUAAAAUAUAUGUUAAAUCAAAUAUAUGUGUAUAUACACACAUGUAUAUUUAUAUAGUUAGCUUGCUGCACAAGAAAAAUCAGAUCAAGAAGGAAAAAAAAAAAGCCUGAGAAAGAAAACAAAAAGAGUAAGAAUGCUAUGUUGUAGUCCACACUCAGUUCCCACAGGCCUCUCUCUGGGUGUAGAUGACUCUCUUCGUUACUGAACAAUUGGAACUAGUUUGAAUGAUCUCAAUGUUGAAGAGAGCCAUGUCCAAUAGAAUUGACCGUCAUAUAAUCUUGUUGCCUUGUAUAAUGAUAUCCUGGUUCUGCUCAUUUUAUUUAGCAUCAGUUCAUGUUAAGUCUCUCCAGGCCUCUCUGAAAUCAUCCUGCUGGUCAUUUCUUACAGAACAAUAAUAUUCCACAACAUUCAUAUACCAUAACUUAUUUAUUCAGCCAUUCUCCAAUUGAUGGGCAUCCAUUCAGUUGCCAGUUUCUAGCCACUACAAAGAGGGCUGCCACAAACAUUUUUGCAUUGGGUCCCUUUCCCUCCUUUAGAUCUCUUUGGGGUAUAAGCCCAGUAGAACCACUGCUGGAUCAAAGGAUAUGCACAGUUUGAUAACUUUUUGAACAUAGUUCCCAAUUGCUCUCCAGAAUGGUUGGAUUCCUUCUCUUUUCCUGUCAUUUAAGCCAAUAUGACAGGUGUGUAGUGGUAUCUCAGAGUUGUCUUAAUUUGCAUUUUUCUGAUUAAUAGUGAUUUGGAGCACCUUUUCAUAUGACUAGAAAUAGUUUCAAUUUCUUCAUCUGAAAAUUGUUUAUAUCCUUUGACCAUUUGUCAGUUGGAGAAUGGCUUGAAUUCUUACAAAUUUGAGUUAAUUCUCUAUAUAUUUUAGAAAUGAAGCCUUUACCAGAACCUUUGAAUGUAAAAAUGUUUUCCCAGCUUAUUGCUUCCCUGCUAAUCUUUUCUGUCAUCCCCUCACUUUCGAAAAUUCUUUGCCACCACAAAAAGAUCUGCUAUAUUUUUGAACUUAUAUGUCCUUUUCUUUCUCUUCUUUUUUUAAAAUUUAAAUCUCACUGGGAUACAGAACUAAUCAUGAUAUUCCUGGUCAAAGGGAAUGCAGUUUUAUAAUCUUUGGGCAUAGUUUCAAAUUGCUUUCCAGAAUGGUUGAAUCAGUUUACAACUUUAUCAACAGUUCAUUAAUGGCCCACUUUUCCUAUGUCUUUACCAAUAUUUGUCAUUUUGCUCUUCUGUCAUGAUAGCCAGUCUGAUAGGUGUGAAAUGGUAUUUCAAAGUUUUUAAAUUUGCAUUUAAUCAAUA